GCGUGGGAGGAGGGCCAAGCACUCUCGCGAUAUUUGGAGGUACGGCGGCGGCUAGACGGAGGAUCAGAGGACCGGAAGUCCUUCGUCUUGAGCAUCCAGUGUUGGAAGCGGCCUGACUUUACCGGAAACCCUUUUCCCGGGGAUAGGAAGACGACCCACCUGGCCGGAAGUCAUUCCUCCUUGUGCUUUCCUCCCCCCGCCCCCUCUCGGAAGUUUCUGUCACCUGUGUUUGCCUCCGAUCCUUCUCUGUUUUAUUUCCAUACUAGGAAGAACCCACUUACCUAAGUCUCCUUCCCAGUUCCACUAAGCGAAUUGGCUAUCUCCCUCCCCGAGUCGGGGCUCCUCCCCCGGCGCCCCCAUGUAGCUGAGAAGGGGGCCCUAGGGGUGGUUAGACCCCUAGGAUCCUGAAGGAGGGUCCGAGAGCGGUUUCUGCUCCUGCUAUCAGGACGCGACCUCCCCAGCCCUCCUCCUCUUGCUGUCAUGCACUCUGCAGCCUUCCCGCUUCCUGUGGUUGUGGCCACUGUGCUGUGGGGAGCAUCCCCCAUCCGGGGGCUCAUUCGAGCGACCUCGGAACACAAUGCCAGCAUGGACUUUGCAGACCUCCCGGCACUAUUUGGAGCUGCCUUGAGCCAAGAGGGACUCCAGGGGUUCCUUGUGGAGGCUCACCCAGAAAAUGCCUGCAGUCCUAUUGCCCCACCACCCCCAGCCCCGGUCAAUGGGUCAGUCUUUAUUGCACUGCUUCGAAGAUUCGACUGCAACUUUGACCUCAAGGUCUUAAAUGCACAGAAAGCUGGAUAUGGUGCAGCAGUGGUACACAAUGUAAAUUCCAACGAACUUCUCAACAUGGUGUGGAAUAGUGAGGAAAUCCAGCAGCAGAUCUGGAUCCCAUCUGUCUUUAUUGGAGAAAGAAGUGCUGAGUACUUGCGUGCCCUCUUUGUCUACGAGAAGGGGGCUCGGGUACUUCUGGUUCCAGACAAUAGCUUCCCUCUAGGCUAUUACCUCAUUCCUUUCACUGGGAUAGUAGGACUGCUGGUUUUGGCCAUGGGAACAGUAAUGAUAGUUCGUUGUAUCCAGCACCGGAAACGGCUUCAACGGAAUCGGCUUACCAAAGAGCAAUUGAAACAGAUUCCUACCCAUGACUAUCAAAAGGGAGACCAGUAUGAUGUUUGUGCCAUCUGCUUGGAUGAAUAUGAAGAUGGGGACAAGCUGCGUGUACUCCCCUGUGCUCAUGCCUAUCACAGCCGCUGUGUGGACCCCUGGCUUACUCAAACCCGGAAGACUUGCCCCAUCUGCAAGCAGCCAGUUCAUCGGGGCCCUGGGGAUGAGGAGCAGGAGGAAGAAAAUCAAGGCCAUGAGGAGGGUGAUGAGGAAGGGGAGCCAAGGGACCACCCUGCCUCAGAGCGAACCCCACUCCUGGGCUCCAGUCCCACCCUCCCUGCCUCCUUUGGCUCUCUAGCCCCAGCGCCUUUGGUUUUCCCUGGGCCAUCAACAGAACCCCCACCUUCUCCUUCUUUCUCCUCUCCCUCAUCUGCCACCAUUCUAGCCUAAACUCUCACACUUAGCACUUCUUUCCUACACUGGCCAUGUUCCUCCAGUCUGCUAUGUUAGGGAAUAGGGUAAAUUUCCAUCCCCAAGUUUCUUACCCAGCCCCAUCAUUUUAAGGCAGUUGGGGUAAGGGGGCAAGGAACUGGGUCCUCACCUGGGUUAAUAAAGUUGUUUUUCUGGA